GGGGUGUUGCGAUCAGUAGGCUUCGCUCAUUCACUCGUAGAAGUACAAAAACGCGCGGAACUAAAAAUAAUUCACAAUUUUGGUGUUGAAUUCUUUUAAUUUAUUUUCAUCACGCAUUAGCAUAUUUUUGUUGCUUUAUAUUUCGUGUUUGUUGAAUUUGGCUUGAGUUACUGAGUAUCUAAGAAUACGGCAAUACAUAUAGAGACAUUAUUUAUAAAUAAAAGUGAUUAAAAAUGGAAUUCUUACUGCGUUUAAUACAAUUCAUAUUAAAAUUGCUCUCGUUGGUGAUUUAUCCGCUGUUGAAUAUACUACUGCCGCGCAAAGGUCCAUCUGCGAUACCGCCAAUUCGCAACCAGUUGGUAACACUACCGCUAGUUGAUGUGAUAAAAUUGAUGCGACAACGAAAGUUGAAAUCAGUGGAUCUAGUAAAAGCUUACAUUGAUCGCAUCAAAGAGGUAAAUCCUCAUGUCAAUGCAGUGGUGCAAGGUCGUUUUGAAAGCGCGCUAGAAGAUGCCGUACGCGCUGAUGGACUCAUUGCUAAAGCGACCAACGAACAAUUGCCCGCACUUUUUAGUCGCUACACCUUAUUAGGUAUACCAUUUACAGUAAAGGAGUCUUGUGGAUUGAAGGGCAUGCCACAUCGUGUUGGUAGUCUUCAACGUGGUCAGCAGAUAAGCGCCGAGAAUGGUGAAGUGGUCAACAAUUUGGUGUCUGCUGGUGGCAUACCACUGCUGGUCUCCAUAACACCGGAAUACUGCUUCAGCAUGGAAACAAAUCCGGCAACGCAAAAGCGUUGCUUAAACCCAUACGACUGUAGGCGUACGCCUGGUGGUUCUUCGGGUGGAGAGGGUGCUUUGAAUGGUGCCGGCGCUAGUUUGUUCGGUGUGGCUUCCGAUAUUGCUGGCUCCAUACGUUUUCCGAGUUUAUUCAACGGUGUCUUCGGUCACAAACCGACAGGCGGCAUUACUUCAAUUGAGGGACAUUUCCCAGACUCGAAAGACAAGGUUUGCCGUGAGUAUCUGCAGUUGGGUCCCAUCACACGUUUUGGUCGUGAUUUGGGCUUACUAAUGCAAAUUAUGGCUGGCAAAAACGCUGAAAAACUAGAUCUACUAACACCGGUGGAAACGAAGGAUAUUAAGAUUUUCUAUGCACUUGGCUUUGAUGGACUCAAUGGUUUUCUGCAUACUUCGCCCGAACCAGAAAUUAAGCUUUCCAUUUUGACCGCUUUAAAGUACUUAAAGAGUCGUGGUUGUGAUGUAAAACGAGCCUCCAUGGGAGAUUUCAAGAACUCACUCGAAAUCUCGCUCGGCAGUCUGGUAUUGUUGGAAGACUUUCCUUACUUAAUCAACACUUCAAACCCUAAUAAAACAAGCGAAUAUUUAUCGGAAAUGGGUAAAGUACUGUUAGGCAAAUCGGAGUACACAAGAGAUGCUUUGUACUUCGAGUCCAUAAGACGCUUCAAUGCCACAAUGCGAACGGAAAAUAUAUUGAAAUACAAAGCUGAAGUUGAGUUGCUGAAGUCGAAGUUUGCUAAAAUGCUCGGCAAUAAUGGCGUGCUCUUCUUCCCCACAUUUCCUGUACCUGCAAUUCAUCAUAACACUUCGAUACUGGUGCUUGGUAAUGUGGAUUAUUGUAUGAUCUUCAAUAUGCUUGGCUUUCCGACGACUCAUAUACCUAUGGGGCAUGAUGACAAAGGCUUACCAGUCGGUUUUCAAGUGAUAGCCGCGCCAUAUAAGGAUAAGCUAUGCUUUCAAAUUGCUGCUGAAUUAGAGGCCGCGUUCGGUGGUUGGGUUGUGCCCACUCCACAUGAACUCGAACCGUUGAAAUUAGAGGAAUGAGUGUGUUGAAUAUGUUUUGAUCUUAGAAGUUAUAGGUUUUUAUAUGAAUUAAAAGUUGAAAUAAGUUUUUAUAAUUGAUAAAUAUUGAUUUAGUAUUUAAAUAUUGAUAAAUUAUAAAAUAGCUUUAUAUGGUAUACUAAAUUAGAUGGCAACAUAAUGACUACAUGCUUUGUAAUAUAACUUUUCCUAAUAACUCAAAUUUCGGAUAUUGUUUUUCUAUAGAUUAAGGGUGAGGUAGAUGCUUAUGUCCUGGAAAAUCUGAAAUUGUUCAUUUAUUUUCAUUUGUUGAUUACGGUGGCAACUCUAUACUAAAAUAUUUUAAUCGUAAAACUUUCUUGACGAGAUUUCACUAAAAAUGUCGCAAUAAUUUUCUUAAGAGUCACAUACUAUGAUAAUAAUACGAUCUUAGUGAUUUUCAAACUGUUCCUAAAAGUUGUCAUCCGAAGAAUUUGUACCAAACUAGCUCGAGACCUUUCAAGUAUUUCGUAAUUAUCAGAUAUUUGGCUAACUUUAAGGUGUGGAGCAGGUUGUAGUAGAAGCCCCCCUCCCCCCUGAUUAAUAAGCAUUUAUUAAAUGUAUUUUCCCUCAUUUAAAAUAAUUAUUUCACACACACGCACACACAAAUAUUUGCUUAUAAAAUUGAGUUGAAACAUAGAACUCUCACUAGCAACGCAUUACUUGUAAAAAAAGAGAUCUCAAGCAAAUAUGCGCAUUAUUAAAUGUGCAUAUUAAGACCGGCUUUUUGAGAUGCUGAACUUAAUGCCGUCGACAUUAUUGUAGCGUGUGCAACUUAAGCAAAUAUGAGCGCAAGAUUUGCGUUCAGUAGUUUUCGCUCAUUCCCGCGCGCAAGUGAUAAACGCGGAGAUUUUUAAUUUUUUUUUCUUGAAUUUUGUAACAUUUAGAUUAGUUAAUAUUUCGAUUUUGGUGUUUCGUUAUUUGUUUGUGAAUUUUAUUGUUAUGAGAAAAUGGAGAUUUUCCUACGUCUCCUACAAUUAC